AAUACCUUCGACACAAUGAGCUUAUUUUUUCCCAAGCCCAACAUUGAGGAUAUGAUACGGGUCCUGUUGUCGCGGCGUAGGCUGUCUGGACGCCUGAUCAGCGGCAAGGACAUCACGAGUGUCUGCCUGCUGGUGCGCAGUGUCUUCCUGCAGGAGGACAUGUGCCUGCGUGUGGAUGCCCCAGUCUGUGUUGUCGGCGAUCUGCACGGACAGUUUGAGGAUCUGCUGCGCAUCCUGAACAACUCUGGCCAUCCGCCGCAGCAGCGCUACCUCUUCCUCGGCGACUAUGUGGAUCGUGGCCACAACUCCGUGGAGACCAUCACGCUGCUGUUCUGCUACAAGCUCUGCUACCCGGAGCACAUCUUCAUGCUGCGCGGCAACCAUGAGAGCGCGGUGCUCAAUCGGGUCUAUGGAUUCUUUGACGAGUGCAAGCGCCGCUACACGAUCAAGUUGUGGAAGACCUUCGUGGACUGCUACAACUGCAUGCCAGUGGCGGCGAUCGUCUCGGGUCGUGUGUUCUGCUGCCACGGCGGGUUGAGUCCCCACCUGCGCACCAUCGAGCAGAUCAACCAACUGCCACGCCCCACCGAAAUACCUCUCCAGGGUCUGCUCUGCGACCUGCUGUGGUCCGAUCCGCAUCCCAAGUCCUAUGGCUGGACGCACAACAAGCGGGGCGUGAGUGUGUCCUUUGGUCGGGACACGGUCGAGCGCUUCCUCGUACGCAACGACUUUGAUCUCAUCUGUCGCGCCCAUCAGGUGGUCGAGGAUGGCUACGAGUUCUUUGCCAAGCGCCAGCUGGUCACCGUCUUCUCGGCGCCCAACUACUGUGGCAUUUUCGAAAAUGCCGGCGCCACCAUGAUGGUCGCUAAAAAUUUGACCAUCUCCUUCGACAUCUAUCCGGCAAAGAGCAGUAAACGAUCCACGCCCCAGGUCCAAACCAGUAAAUCGAUGCAGCUGGGUCCUCGCGAGAGUGGAAAUUUCUUCAAGGCUGCCAUGAAUCGGAUAAACGAUAGAAUUAAAACAACUGAUACUUAA